AUGAUGUUUGAAGAAGAGGGAAAGGUGGAAGAAAAGGUUAUUGAGAACCUUGAGAAGAAGCAGUCACAAAUAAGUAUUGAUCAUCAUAUCAAGAUCCCAUAUCCUCAGAGGCAGCAAAAGAACAAGCUUGACAAGAAACUGGAAGAAUAUGAGAUAGUGGCACUUACUGAGGACUGCAGCGCAAUACUCCAAAAGAAGCUACCUCCCAAGCUUAAAGAUUCAGGUAGUUUCAUCAUUCCUUAUACCAUAGGGAAUGUGGUUUUUGAGAAGGCACUAUGUGAUUUAGGGGUAAGUGUGAAUCUGAUGCCUCUAGCUAUCUAUAGAAAAUUGAAAUUGGGAGAAGCUUGCCCUACUACCAUGUCCCUACAAAUGGCAGACCAUUCAAUUAAAUAUCCUUGUGGAGUGAUAAAUGAUGUAUUGGUGAAAGUAGACAAAUUCAUCUUUCCAGCAGACUUUAUUAUUCUUGAUAUAGAGGAAGAUAAAAAUAUUAUGAUUAUUCUUGGGAGACCAUUUUAG